CUUCUGUGGCGUCGCGGUGCCCCUUGCCAUCCGCAAAGCCCUUCUCUCCCUCUCCUAGCUCCAGCCUGAACCAUGUUUUUCACCUGUGGGCCAAAUGAGGCCAUGGUGGUCUCGGGUUUCUGCAGAAGCCCCCCAGUCAUGGUGGCCGGAGGCCGGGUCUUUGUCCUGCCCUGCAUCCAGAAAAUCCAGAGGAUCUCUCUCAACACACUGACCCUCAAUGUCAAGAGUGAAAAGGUUUACACUCGCCACGGGGUCCCCAUCUCAGUCACUGGCAUUGCCCAGGUGAAAAUCCAGGGGCAGAACAAGGAGAUGUUGGCGGCCGCCUGCCAGAUGUUCCUAGGGAAGACCGAGGCCGAGAUCGCCCACAUCGCUCUGGAGACGCUGGAGGGCCACCAGAGGGCCAUCAUGGCCCACAUGACCGUGGAGGAGAUCUAUAAGGACAGGCAGAAGUUCUCAGAGCAAGUUUUCAAAGUGGCCUCCUCGGACCUGGUGAACAUGGGCAUCAGCGUGGUCAGCUACACUCUGAAGGACAUCCACGACGACCAGGACUAUUUGCACUCUUUGGGGAAGGCGCGAACGGCUCAGGUCCAAAAAGACGCCCGCAUUGGGGAAGCAGAGGCCAAGAGAGAUGCUGGCAUCCGGGAGGCUAAAGCCAAGCAGGAGAAGGUGUCCGCCCAGUACCUGAGUGAGAUCGAGAUGGCCAAGGCGCAGAGGGACUACGAACUGAAGAAGGCCGCGUACGACAUUGAGGUUAACACCCGCCGGGCGCAGGCUGACCUGGCCUACCAGCUUCAGGUGGCCAAGACGAAGCAGCAGAUCGAGGAGCAGCGGGUGCAGGUGCAGGUGGUGGAGCGUGCCCAGCAGGUGGCGGUGCAGGAGCAGGAGAUCGCCCGCCGCGAGAAGGAGCUGGAGGCCCGCGUGCGGAAGCCGGCGGAGGCUGAGCGCUACAAGCUGGAGCGCCUGGGCGAGGCGGAGAAGUCCCAGCUGAUCAUGCAGGCGGAGGCCGACGCGGAGUCUGUGCGAAUGCGUGGGGAGGCCGAGGCCUUUGCCAUCGGGGCCCGAGCCCGAGCAGAGGCUGAGCAGAUGGCCAAGAAGGCGGAAGCGUUCCAGCUGUACCAGGAGGCCGCUCAGCUGGACAUGCUGCUGGAGAAGCUGCCCCAGGUGGCAGAGGAGAUCAGUGGGCCCUUGACCUCUGCCAAAAAGAUCACCCUGGUGUCCAGCGGAAGUGGGACUGUGGGGGCCUCCAAAGUGACCGGGGAAGUACUGGACAUCCUGAGCCGCCUUCCGGAAAGUGUGGAGAGACUCACGGGCGUCAGCAUCUCCCAGGUGAACCACAAGCCUUUGCGAACGGCCUGAGCCCUCAGCCCUCCCCACGUCCAGCCUCGUGGUUCAAAUCGCUUGAAUGGUCCCCCUGCCGCAUGCACCCCAAACGGCCUCCCAGAGCACGGCCUUUGAUGGCGGGGUUGUCUCCUCUCUCCUUGCCAAAUAGCCUGUGCCUUGCCUUGGAGGGGGCUGCCCCCUUCCCAGCCCCACUGCCAUAACUGCUGGUGCCCAGGGUCCCGUCAGCCUUGCGAUGGUCCGCUCCACCCCAUCCCGGUAUAUUUAACUUCCUAAUGAGAUGAGUCUGAGCCUGUCCUAGGAUUUCCAGACCAAGACUGAGGGAUUGCCUGGAGGUUCUUAGUUCACCAAAUAAACUGCUAAGUACUGGCACUUAAAACGA